AUGAAGCUUGUCGCACCAUCCCCCCCAGUCGUUGCCCAGGUGUGUAUUUCUAAAGGCCAAUACGAGACCAUUGCGGGUAUCAACACCUAUGUUACUGGCAAGAGGGAUGGCCGCGUCGGGAUUGGCGCUGAUUUGCUAGCUGCACGGCUGAACGCUGUGGUGUUGGUACCCGACUGUUUUAAGGGCGAUGCACUCGAAGCGCAUAUAAUCCCUGCCGACACUGACGAGAAAAAGAAGCGAAUUGGCAGCCUCUUGGCCACCAGUGCGAAUGUUGAGCGCAAUUUGGGCGUUCUGCUCGCCGCCGUUCCGGAGUGUCGCGUGCGGUUCCCCUCUGUCAACAAAUGGGGUGCCAAUGGUCUCUGCUGGGGAGGAAAGAUGACGAUCCUGGCGUCAGGUUUCAACUCCCCGUUCGCCGCCUCGAGUCAGUGCCAUCCCGGCUUGUUGGAUGCAGCUGAUGCCCAGUCGGUCGUCAUUCCUCAUCUCGUACUCGCAUCGAAAGAUGAGGAACUCGAAACGGUUGCAGCAUAUCAACUGCUUGUGGUCCCGAAGGGCGGCGCUGUUGAGACUUAUUCCACGAUGUGGCGCGGGUGGAUGGGAUCCCAGACAGAUCUUGAGAAAGAGGGGAGUCGUGCGGAGUAUGUACGCGGAUACACACAGUUGGCCGAAUUUUUCGAGAUGCACUUUGCCUGA